AUGACGACCAAUGACAUGGAUCCUAUCAAGCUCACGCUGAGGGGCAGCCCACGAGAGACUCAUGGACAGAUCGGACUUCAGCAUGGUCGGGCGCUACGGGAUCAGAUUCGCAGCCAGAUUGGCAUUUAUGACACCAUGUUUCAACACACUUCGAAACUAUCCUGGCCAGAAGUGCGUGCUGUGGCGAAGGAGUUUCAACCCUCUCUUCAAGAACUCGUCCCGGAUAUCUAUACGGAGAUGCAGGGCGUCGCGGAUGGUGCAGACCUAGAUAUUCUCGAUAUCGUCGCGCUCAACUGUCGAAGUGAAAUCGCGCUGGGAAAAUUUUCAGAUGGCUGCACGACCCUUUCUUGGAAGAAGUCUGAUGAAACUAGAAUUUUAUCCCAAAACUGGGAUUGGACUGCCACGGUGAAGAAGAACCUGGCUAUGGUCUCUAUCGAACAGGCUGGGAAGCCCACGAUCUACAUGGUCGCCGAGGCCGGGAUUGUUGGCAAGAUCGGCUUCAACUCAGCCGGUGUUGGAACAUGCCUUAAUGCAAUCCGGGCCAAGCCCAUGAUCAGCAGUAAGCUGCCUAUUCAUGUUGCUCUGCGGUUGUGUCUCGAAAGUAUUUCGGUCAACGAUGCAGUACAAACUCUGGAAUCGCUUGGUGGUGUGGCAUCCGCGCAACAUAUCCUGGUUGCAGAUAGUACAAAAGCCCUCGGCCUGGAGCUUUCGCCGGUCGGCAACAUAUAUCUUGCUGAGGAUGCUUCAGGUCUUAUUCCGCAUAGCAACCACUUCAUCGAAAACAGUUAUGUGGAUGAACCACUCUGGCUUUUGGGGUCGCCAAUUCGACUCGCUCGGAUCAAAUAUCUGGCUCAAGAGCUGAUCUCCCAUGGCGUGCAUGGGGAUACCAUCACUCCGGCGCUCUUGCGCGAAAAGAUCUUUUCUGAUACAUACAACGCCCCGCAGGCCAUCUGCUGCCAGGAGGACGAGUCCCGCCAUAUUUCUACCCGUAGCAGCUCUUUGUUCAACAUUGUGAUGGAUCUUAAUUCAAAAAAUCCCAGCGCCGAAGUGGUCUUUGGUCGGGUCGGGUCUGGCGAAGAGGGCCCUGUGCUAAAGAUGCCAUGGGUAUAA